CCGGCGUGCUGCUGCUGCUGCUGGCGGUGGUGGUGGUGGUGCACACAUGUUCGCCAUGGAUUACCCGUUCCUCCACAGCAGCGCCGGCUACGACGCGCCGAUUCACAGCGGCGUGGACUCCGCGGGGCUCCCGUCCGCGUACGUCGACUUGAGUCCGUGCGCGCAGCCCGGCGGGUUCCAGUACCCGCCGCUGAGGACGGCGUGGGGACCAGGCAUGGGCGCGCUGCGUGAGUCGCUCACGCCCACCUACAGCUCGGUCCCCUACAAGUUGUUCGGGGAGCCGGGAUCUUUGGCCGAGAAGCGGAAGCAGCGCCGCAUCCGCACGACGUUCACGAGCGCGCAGCUGCGCGAGCUGGAGCGCGUGUUCGCCGAGACUCACUACCCCGACAUCUACACACGGGAGGAGCUCGCGCUCGGCAUAGACCUCACGGAGGCGCGCGUGCAGGUUUGGUUCCAGAACCGCCGCGCAAAGUUCCGCAAGCAAGAGCGCGCAGCCGCGGCGGCCAAAGGCGGCGCGCAGCACGGGGCGCGCACACCGGGAGGCGAGGAGCCCGACGCGGCCGGAGCGGGGAUCAGGGAGGCCAAAGCGCCGGUGCCGGACAGCACGGGGCCCAGCGCGGGGCCCGGCGCGGGGCCCGGCGCGGGGCCCGCGGCGUGCGAGCUUAGCCAAGGGAUCGUGCCCACGCCGGCGACCUCGUCUGCUGGGAGCCCCAGACCGCAGUCACUGGCGUGGGCAGGGCCCCCGCCGAGGGUCCCGGAGCCCCUCGGAGGGCCCUUCGCCAGCGUCUUGUCCUCGCUGCAGCGACACUUGCCGCACAAACAGGGACCCUAGGGAGUCUGCCCCCACCUCCCCCCUCGCUUCACCCCCUGUGGCUGGCCUAGGGGAGAUUAUUUAUAACUCUUCGCGACGAACAAGGGGACGGUUCUCGUUUGGUUUUUUCUCGCAUCGCGGCUCUAGAACUGCCAGGGGCACAGCGGGCCCAGCGUGCCCGAGGGACGAUGCAGGCUGUGGUCGAGGAGAGCUGCGUUGCUCUGUCUUUGUUCUACCCAGGGUGGUGAAACCGCGUGUUUUGGGGAGUGCCAUCAGAGGUUUUCAGUAUAAUUCUAGCUGGAAGAUGUGGGCGCGCCCACACAUUACCCCACCACACGCGCCCUGUAACCAUCCAUACCACUCGGUGGACAGAAG